AUGUCCAACGAAGAGAACGAUUAUAUGGGCGCCCCUGCUGCUGCCACCGCCACUGCUGAUGAUGACGCUGACGACGCUGGCGGCGGCAACGACGCGGCCAAUGCUAAUAACGAGUCCGUGCUUGGCGGCCAAACAAUGCCACAAAUUAGUUCGAACGCACAGCUCGAGGGAAACGUUUCGCCGACGCCAACUCAGUUCGAUGAUAAUCAAAUAAAUAAUAAUAGUAUUAAUAACAAUAACGAUAACGAAAGCAGUCGCAGCAGCCCAGUGAAGAGACCCACAAGUCGCGGUCACAGCAGCAACCGCAACAGCCGCAACAUCAACGGCAAUCCAUCGAGCUUUCAAAUACAGCCCCAACAUGACUCCUACGCCAAUGACGAUGACGACGAGGACGAACUAACAGCCGGCGAUUUGCAUGCUGAUAACGUAAGCUCGGGGGCAGCAGUAGCUCGUGGUGGCGCUGGCGGCCACGUGCCCGACUAUUGGCAACAACGGAACGGCGCAUCUGGCAUUGCAGUUGGAUCUGGCGCUGGGCCUGGACCAGGCGGUGCAACUGGACCAGGACAGAGCGGUCGUCAUAGCCGGGCACUUAGUCCCAGUUAUCUGGAUAACAUGAGCGAGAAUUCGGAACAGCCGCCCAUUGUGCCGCUCGUGCGUUCCAAAUCACGGCCAGAGAUCUCCAGUGCCGCCGCCGCGCGUUACAAUAAUUUGUCGUAUUGGAAGGCCAGACGUGUGGUCUUUUAUCGCAAUGGUGAUCCAUUCUUUCCAGGCGUGGAGCUGCGCUACAGACCCGGACGUGAUGUCACCUCGCUCGACAAUUUGCUGGACAAGAUUUCGCCGAAAAUGGAUUUGCCACGUGGUGCUCGCUACGUCUUCUCCAUGGAUGGUGAUCGCAAAUAUCAUCUGGAUGAGCUCGAGGAUGGCGCCUUCUAUGUGGUGUCAUCGUUCAAGGCUUUCAAGGUGAGUCCAACCUCCAUUACUUCUCCCCCACUCUUAUGCAUUGCAUUUGGGUGA